GGCAGUGCCGCCGGCGCACGCGCACCGAAAGCAUGUGUUGCGCACCACCAGUGCGAUGUACAUAGAACCGGCCGCGUUCCGCGCACCCAGCGCCGAGUCCCUCGCCGGCUCGGACCCGCCCGCGACAGUGUGGACACAGUGUUUACCUUCCCCGUUAUUCGCAGGAAAAAAAGCGCCCCUCAAAACCUUCGAGGAGAUCCAGCCCCUGCUCCAGCAGGGCCGCAAACGAGAACUCAAACUACUCAUCAGAGAGAACUCGUGGCCUAUCAACAGCCCCGUCCGCGCCUCUCUCUGGCCCGCCCUCUGCAGACAGCAUCAACAUGGAAAAUCGAUGCUCGACGGCUUCUACUGGGACAUGGUUACACAGGUAUUCGGCACGGUGGAGUUGCCGGACAAACCGAUCAUGCUACCACCAUUCGUAGAGGCGACACAUUGUUUUGGAUAUCACUUGACCCGCAAAGGUCGCGCCGUCGCCGACCGCGUGGUCUCCGUGCUCGGCUUUGCUUGUCCAGACAUCACAUACAGCCCGAGUCUGUACCCCAUCACCGCUGCCCUGUUACACUUCAUGCCUGAGGAAGAGUGCUACCACUGCAUGGCGAGUCUGGUAGCGUCCAAAGAGAAAAUGUUCAUCACACAGACCAAGCUGCUCAACGAGGUCACCUGGAAGACUGUUAUGCAAAUUGCAAAGAAACAUGCCAAGUCGGCGGCGCAGCACCUGACCCGGCUGGCGGGCGGCAUCGGCCCGGAGCGCAUAUACGCCGACUGGCAGUGGUGGAUAUUGGCCGCGCUGCCCUUCCCACACAUGGUGCGGGUGCUCGACUGUUUCUUCCACGAGGGCAUCAAGGUGUUCUACAGGGUAGCGCUCGCAAUCCUCAUACUCUUUCAAAAGCACUCCACAAAUCAAAAUUCUGAAUGGUACGCGGAGGCGACAAAGAAUGGAGUCGAUCACGCCAUUGACAAGUUCUGCAGGAACAUGCCCGCCUCGCCCACGAAGCUGCUGCGGACAGCGUUCACCAUCAGGGCACUAAGUUCACAGUAUAUAGCGCGGGUGUUCAUCAAGACGGAUAUGACGCUGCGGUCGAAGCAGGUGAUGACCGGCUCGCGUCUGGUCAGGUCACGCUCGUCGGACAACCUGCCCACGAGCCAAUCCCAAGUCAACAUACAGAUGAUGUCACACACACUCACCAUACGAGAGCUGUUCACGCUGUGGUCGUGGCUGCCCGUGCGCAUCACUAUGUAUCAGCCGGUGCUACUUUAUACGACCGAGGAGCACGGCUGCUCGCUAACAACAUUCUACGUGCGCGUUGAGCACCACGAGCCCACGCUACUGAUGAUCAAGACGUGUAAUAAUGAGGUUUUUGGAGCAUACUGUUCGACGCGAUGGUUCGAACGAAACCAGAAAGACGAACGCGGGAACAGGCAGGCUUACUUCGGUACGGGGGAGACAUUCCUGUUCAGCCUUUACCCGGAGCGAGCCAAGUACCCGUGGGUGGGGUGCUCCCAGCCGGACAAGGAGGAACGGUUCGGCCACGGCUCCGAGCUGUUCAUGGCCGCGGACUCGAAGAUGAUCACCAUAGGAGGAGGUGAGGGGCAAGCGAUAUGGAUGGAUGAAAACAUAAGGUUCGGCAAGACGGACCGUUGUUCGACAUUCAACAAUCCGCCGCUAUGCCCCAGCGGUGACUUCGAGAUCAGAGUGCUCGAGGUGUACGGCUUCUCCGGCGCCUGAGCCGCCCACCGCCCGGGACUCUCCGCUGUCGACCGCAUCUCUAUGAUUCAACAGCCCCGCGCGUACAUCACCGCCAUUUUCGCGAACAAUUUAAUCCGUCGAAAUCAACGCGAUCGCCGAUCGUUUAUCGGUCUUUGAACUUUAUUUAGACAUUCGAUGUCACGGUAGUGGUAGUGGAAGUCGUAUUUGUUUCCUCCUCCCACAUCACCGCCAUUUUCGCGAACGAUUCAAUCCAUCGAAAUCGGAGCGAUCCUCAGCCCUUCAUUGCUAUUUGAACCGUAUUAAGACCUUUUGAAGUUCCGGUAGUGGUGUGGACCUCGUAUUUUAGUCGAAACGGAAUAAAUCGAUCGCGAAAAUAGUGAAAUUUUUUUAACCGUGUGAUGUAUCGAUAUCUCCCUUGCCGUUGUAACAGACUGUGUAGAUGUAUUCCUAUAUUUAUUGUUCUGUGACUCGUUAAUCUCUGUGUGUGAACCGCGUAGGUGUCCUAUAUAUAUAUAGAUGUGAACGCGACUGUCCGUUCUAGACAACGAAAGACGGGGAAACUAGGUUGUUUCUAUGUAUAUUUUAUUCGUGUUUAGAUGUCUGCGUGCAAGUACAAAAUGAAUGUAAUCUUACCUACUCUCGAUGGAUUUUUAAUACGCUUAAAGAAAGCAAUAUUUGUAUGUGGGGCCUGGCCGUUAUUUUAUGUCGUCGAUGUGUGAACAUUCCAGUGAUCAGAGGUCAUGUGGCCUCGUGCACUCGGCUGCAAUAAAAAUUGUUAUCGGAACAAUAGGAUAUAUUCGAUGUUCGGUCGGAAGGCCAGCGGGUGGGGUUCCAUAGGUUGCUGCGUUUAAACGAAAACCGAACGCGCUCGAUAUGGCACCGAAUUGUUCAAUAAUAAGGUACACUCCAAACGUCCAAGAUUCCAUAAUAGUGCAAUAUGGAAUAUAUCAUUAUCGCUUCUAGAAUUAUGGAUGUCAAUAUACUCGAACUGUAAUCAUUUGUCGUUGCUCACAAAAAUAUACCAAAGAAAAUUUUCUAUAUGUAGAACGCUACGCUUUUCUGUUUCUGUGUUCGAUACCUAGUUAAUAUACAGAAUUAAGAGCAUAUAUUAAAGAGCUUUAUUAUUAAAAAAUACAACCGUUUCGAUCAUAUUUAUCGAACAUAUCUAACAGGAGAGGUAUCAGAGUAUAUUGGGGACAGAAAUACAACGAUUAGUAUCUUUGUAUUUUUAACCUUGCAAAUUUGGACUUGUUUGUUUUCAAUUUUAACCCAUUUAUUGAUGUUGCAAAUAAAAUUAUUUUAUGUUAAUUACUCUUUAAGCGAUUGAGAACAAAAUUGGGUCCAAAAUUCAAGUGAUAUAAGGUGCAUUUUGAAUCUUGCCUGUCCUCUCCAUACUCUGUUACAGAUUAAUGUCUAUAAUUGAAACACUGCCAUUCUGCAGUUCGAUAGUAUUAUUUUACAUGUAUCUUGACGGUAAGUGCCAAAAUCGGACCAUUGGAAGUUAUAUAAAAUGACGGAAAGUAUUCUGAAUGGAUUUCAUUCUAUGGAAAUUAAUUCAAUUAUAAUUAAUUAUUAGUUAAUUUAUUUUACACAAAUUGUGUAUGCAUUAUAAUUUUAAUGUAAUCAAUUGGUACGACGAAACUUUAGUGGAUUUAAUUAGGUUAAUGAUUUCUGAAUUAUUUUUCAGUUUCGUGUUGGCUACAAAUGUUGAAUUGGCAUUUUAUGUGUAGUAUUUACAGUGUUAGGUGUUCGCUAUUCAAUGUCACAAAGUAUACAAAUACAUAUCCCUGUCGGUACAAAAGGGGUUUACCUGCGUUCAUAUCACCCGCGGCUUGUUCUGCCUACGAUUUUAUUCUUUGUAAAUAUAAUUUCAGUAGACGCGCACUAUGCGCGCCUUUCGAUCGUAGCGCCAAUGGAAUUUGUCAUGUCAUGGUACUACAAACAAUGUUUAUCAGAAGCCUAAGACUUGUUUUAAAUUCAGAUAAUUUAUCUAAUUUAUUGAGUAGGUAACAUUGUAAUGUUUUAUUAAGUAUGUUAAAACGCGCCAUCUUGCGAGCGGCGGUCUUGAGGCAGCGAAACGUUUUUUACAAGAAGGGCGUUUGCUAAUUUUGAUAUUAGUUAACGGGAUCAUCGCACUAGUUCCGCCCGCCGUCCGCAGGGAGGCGCCCUCGCGAUAUGUUGCUGUUAGCCAAUUUGUCGUUGAUCAGUGUAAAGUCUAGUCUUUAUCCUGUUUUUAUUAUUACCUGUAAUGAUAUAAUAUCUAAAUAUUUACGCAUCGAUAUUUAAAAAAAUGUUCGAUUAUGUUCCGCUCAAGGAACUAGUAGGCUCGUGGUUAGUUAGUUAUAAGUACAUUUAAAUGUAAAGUAUACAGUUAUUAAUCUCCAUUCUCCCUUUCAGUAUUUGUGGUGUACGUUUUUUUAAUGUGAGAUGCAUAUCAGGUUAUGACAAAUUGUAGUAGCCGCGCACUCGCGUCAUUGUAGCGAUUUUAAUUAAGAGAUAAUGUACUCAAAGCGGCGAGAUUGGCUGCGAUGACAUUAUGAAGAUAUUUUAACUCUUAUGUUUAUGGUCAAUCCUGGCUGAGCUCAAACUUAAACGAAUCGCCUUUUUAAUGGACUGGCCUCGGCGGUGCGCGGUCUCGCGUGUAUGAGAGAGCUUUGUUUUGUUACGAUGAUGUACUGUUACAUUCGAGUAGUUUUAGUCCGCCGCCCGCUGCGACGGUGUAAAACUUGUUUAUGGUAAUGUAAAUGUUGCUUUAUAAUGUCUACAAAAUAUAUAAUCCCAUG